AUGGUUCGGUCGGAGAGCAAGUGUGGAAAAGAGUGCCAGAUUGCGAAAACGAAGAUUCUAUAAAAGCCUUGAUUUGGGGGUGACUCGCGGUUACCUGUUGCCAUUUGGGGACUCCACCGACUCACCUGUCCUGUCUCAUAUUUUUCCUCCAUCUUAUCACUCUUCUACUGCGCCGUUCAAUAUUUUUGCUUUCUUUGCCAUGGCGUUUGACCAAAAUUCCGUUCCAAAAGAUCUGCGACCGUUAAACGUAGCUCGAACUAUACCUGAUGAGCCUCUCAUUGUACCGGCGACUACCAUGGGUCGGACGUUAGAAUGCUUUCCUCCAACUCCAGCUCGUGACGUCGGUAGCCCAGGGACUUUGCCAAUUUUUUACCCAGCACCUGUGUCUGAUUCUGGGCUUGUUGGUGUGGGGUAUGGAACUAUGUCAUCGGGUCCUACUUCCUGGUGCGUUCGUCCAGGCGUGUCCAUUGUGCAUACGGCUAUGAAUCCUAAUAUUGGGUAUAACUGUAGUCCUAAUUUUGGCAAUCGGAUGGCUGGUGGCAGUGCUGUUGAUAUUUCAAGCAGUGUCGUUGCAAACGGACCUGGUUAUGCCACGAUUCUGGGCAACUGGGCUGGGGGCAGUGGCUUGGAUAGGGCUGGAAACGAUGCAAUUAACGGAUUUGGUUGUAGCUCUGUUCAGGGAAAUAGAAUAAUUGGCAAUGCCAUUGGUAGUGAUCAGGCAGGCAGUACUGCAGCAACUGGGUUUGGUAAUAGCCCCACUCAGCGGAGUGGGGCUGAUCUUGCUAGUGAUGAGGGAGAGGAUGACUCCGUGUCAGGGAGAAAAGUGAAGUUUUUAUGCAGUUACGGUGGGAAGAUUAUACCUAGACCUAGUGAUGGGAUGUUGAGAUAUGUUGGAGGGCAGACAAGAAUAAUUAGUGUUAAGAGGGAUGUGAGCUUCAACGAACUGAUGCAAAAGAUGGUUGAUACAUAUGGUCAACCUGUGGUUAUCAAGUAUCAGCUCCCUGAAGAGGAUCUUGAUGCAUUGGUCUCAGUUUCUUGCCCAGAUGAUCUUGAAAAUAUGAUGGAUGAGUAUGAAAAAUUAAUUGAAAGAUCUUCAGAUGGUUCAGCUAAACUAAGGAUUUUUCUGUUUUCUGCAUUGGAACUUGAUGCUCCUUGUGAGGUGCCGCUAGUAGAUUUACAUGAUAGUGGCCAGAGAUAUGUUGACGCUGUGAAUGGAAUUACAGAUGGAGUCAAUUGCCGGCUUAUGAGGAAAGGGAGUAUCACAAGUGCGGCUUCAACCCAAAAUUCAGAUGUUAGUGCGGCUGAUGCUCUUGAUAGUUCUGUUUCUGGUCCUGGGGAUAUAAGUGCAACGCCAUCAUCUUGCAUUUUGUCACCCAGAGACAAUGUGGCAGCUUCUCAUGACACUGCUGCAAAGUUGGUGGUGGCAGAUCAAAGUCCAAGAGUAUACUCGGAUGCUUCUGCAGUUCCGAUGGGCAUGCCAGUUGCUGUGUCUGGUCCGGCCCAGACAUCAGCUUUCCAGAAUGAGGUUGAAUUAGAAAAGUCUGUUCCUUUUACUUUACAGCAACAGCAAUUCGGAUCGCAGCAAUCUGGAAUGGACGUUUCACCUCCUGCACCUUAUGUGCAUCCUUUUGUUGAUUCGCGUCAGGAAGUUAUGAGUCAUGCAGAUUAUGUCCAGCUGCCUCCUCAGGGAGGGUUCCCAAAUUCUCACCUUUUAGGGAAGCAAGGGCCUGCCUUCACUCAACAGCAAUUCCAUGAUAAUAUUCCAGCUUUUGUUUCUCACCAGUUCAUCUCCGCAGUGCCAAUGACAAUGACUCCAUCAGCUUCUCAUGUUAAUGUAAGAACAAACAUUCCGCAACCAUUGAGGCAACCUCAGCAAACUCGUUUGGACCAAUAUAAUGAUGAAAGUACAUCAGGGCCUAAGAUCAUCCAGCUUCCUGUUGAACAGAACUACAAUGCAUACCCAGUUCAAGUUCCUUCUGUUGUGGUUGCUGGUAAUUAUGGUUGGGUUCAGGUUCCUUCACAAGAGAAUGUUAUUUUGUCUGAUGGGUUGUUGCCUCAACAACAAGUAAGAACCCUUGAGAAAUUCCAAAAGGAGGAAGACUGUUAUAUGUGUCAGAAAUUAUUGCCUCAUGCGCAUUCAGAUCCUGUGGUUCCUGAUCAGCGAGAGAGUGUUGCAAAUUCAAUUUCUGAUUCGAUCCUAAGCUAUCAUAGUCUCCCCAUGGAGGAAAACUUAAAAGCUCAAGCAACAAACAGGGUAAUGGUGACUGCACCCUUGAAGGAUAGUGCUAUUGAACAAGGGAUUGACACCAAAUCCAGAGUCGUUAGCAAAGCGGAACCUCCCAUUGGAAUGCCUUGCACUAAUGCAACAGGCCUUUCUUAUAAGCUUGAGUCACAGCCCGAAGGGGAGAGGAGCGUUACACAAAAGCAUGAUGCCUUUGAUCAUAUGAGGAGUCCCAUUAUCGCAGAUGUGAUUGGAAAGGCAGGAGAUAACCAGUCACCGACUGAUGGAUCCAUGGGGACAGCACCACUGUCAUGCUUUGAUGAUGUUGUUAGCCAACAAAUGAUUCCAGUUGAGAACUGGGUUAAUCAGGAUGUGGUAGUGAAUAAACCUGUUUAUAGUGAUACAACUCCUGUUCUAGAGUCCCCUAAUGAGCGUACAAAUGAAUUUGUUAACUUGGUCUCCCAGCCAGUGGAAGGUAGUCAGAUAGCACAAUCAUCUGUUUGGGACAUUCCUGGAUCAAAUCCUCAGUCAAAAAGUGGAAACCUCCUCAAGGAUGAUAAUUUACCAUCUUUAAUAUCUCCAUCUAUCAGGUCUGGAGAUGUGCAGGAUUCUUCAAACUCACUUUUCAGUAAUCAGGAUCCCUGGAAUGUACACCAUAGUACGUACUUUCCUCCUCCAAGACCUAAAAGAGUUCCUUCAAAGAAAGAAAUAUAUUCUUCUAAGGAUCACUUUGGUGAGGAAUUCACUGGCGGCUGUGGGGAACAAAGUUUAGAAGCUCAAUUGGAGGAAAGUUUUUACCAGCAAUUCAAACAGGGUUUAAAUUUAGAACAUGGCCAUUCAGCCAAGGGCUCAGCCGAAGACCAGAUCAAACAAGAACUUCAAGCUGUUGCUGAGGGUGUAGCUGCUUCUGUUCUGCACCCAAGCACUCCUAGUCCUGAUUUACAUGCCAGGGACAUGUCCAGUCGGGAAGAUGUUGGAGAUGUAAAUGAUCUAAAUAGAGCUAAAGCUUUGGAUGUCAAGAGCAAGCUUCCAGAAAAGCCAAAUUUUGGCAUUCCUUUAUCAGAUGGUCUUGGAGGAUUGCAGAUUAUAAAGAAUUGUGAUCUUGAAGAGCUAAGAGAACUAGGUUCAGGUACCUUUGGGACUGUAUAUCAUGGAAAAUGGAGGGGCACUGAUGUAGCAAUCAAGCGUAUUAAUGAUAGGUGCUUUGCUGGAAAGCCUUCUGAGCAAGAGCGCAUGAGAACUGACUUCUGGAACGAAGCAAUCAAGCUCGCUGACUUGCACCAUCCAAAUGUUGUUGUAGCAUUCUAUGGUGUUGUGCUUGAUGGCCCAGGAGGUUCUGUGGCAACAGUAACAGAGUAUAUGGUCAAUGGUUCUCUAAGAAAUGCCCUGCAGAAAAGUGAGAGGAAUCUUGACAAGCGUAAGCGUCUUUUGAUUGCAAUGGAUGUGGCAUUUGGUAUGGAAUACCUGCAUGGGAAAAAUAUUGUACACUUUGACUUGAAAAGUGACAAUUUGCUGGUGAAUCUCAGAGAUCCACACCGCCCAAUAUGCAAGGUUUAUUAUAUGCUCUAUUGAGUUUUGGAAGCUUGUUUCUUUUUCAUUAUAUGUGGUAUACAUGCAUUUUGAUCAUACAAACACAAAUCACUAUAAUAAAAUUCGGAAAUCACAAAGGCAUUGAUACAUUGCAUUAGCUUAAUUGGAAGAAUCCUGAGUAGGUGUUGCAAUUACUCAAACGGCAGAAUCAGAUAAUUUUGCAUCCAGAGAAGUGUCAAAAUAUUGGGCAUCACAUGGGUUGCUAUUAGUUGGGUUCAUUGCAUCCUGAUGCGACAUGGCUAUUAGGAACAAUAUUCUCAUUUUCCCUUGGUGUUUCUAAAUAAAUUAAAACCCAAAAUGGCACAUGAAGUAUUGUUCAGGUGCAGCUUGUACUCGUCUUUUUUAAGUCAUCAGUGAUGUCUGUAAAAAACUAAUUCAAUUAGCAUUAAGCUGUCUUCUUUUGGCAGCAUGAAAAUCAAAUGCAAAUACACAAACUUGUCAUGACUUGAAGAUCUUAUAUAGUUGGAUAGCGAUUUUUAGAUGAAUAUCAGUUUUUCCUUUGCCUAUUUUCUUUCUUAUAUUCCU